AAAAGCGUUGUCGCCUAUUAUCUAACAAUAAUGAGCGUUAUGUCAAGUUCUUACAUAACCUAACUUGUCAAUGUUUACAUCAGACACGAUGGCCCUUUACGACAACAAAUACUGGUUAUUAUCACACAUACGCAACUCUUUCAUUUCUACAGAUGAUACAGGAAUGUGCGAGUUAAUAAUGACAGGGGAGGAAGGUGUCAGGAAACACCUGAAGCAAAGCCUUGAUUCGUACCCUGAUGACGAAGACAGUGAAGAUGAAGAUGAUUUGUCUCACGAAUCUUACGACCUACAACUUGACACCGAUUUCCCGUUACGAUACAGAUCGAAUACUGCCGUAAGAUUAGAAAAAUUAGAACAGGUUAAAAAGAGAACUGGCAGAAUCAAACAUAUUAAAUGGGAAACGAACAAGAACGAGUUGAGUGAGGAACAAAUUGAUCAGUUAUUCGUAAAAAAGGAACCCAAAGUAAUAGAACCGAAGCAAUCUUUGUUUUCUAAAACCUUCAAGGAGCAUAAGAUGAUGCCCAUUAACCCUUAUAUGGAUUAUGCCAAGUUUGAUGGCAGCGGACAAGUCAAUCUUCAAGUGAAGAAGUAUAGAAUUUUCCUAACAAUGCUACCAGAGCACCAGAGGAAUUACCCCUUGGCUGUUUGUUGCACCUCUUCUGCUAAAAUUCAAGAGUUGAUUGGACUUAUAUUACUCAAAUGCAGUACAAUGUAUGAAGACUAUCCUUGGAAGCCCGUAAACAAUUACGGUUUGUACAUAACUGAAGAAGACGGAGAAGUGGAUAGGGACUUCCCCAACUUGGACCCGAGGGAAAAUAUUGCCAAAUUUGGGUUUGCUUGUUUAGGGCUUGUGGAACAUUCAGAUCCCUCAAAGUGUGUCAGUUUUGGGAACUCUGAAACUGUUACAAUCAGAAAAUUCGAUUACAAUGACAAAAAAGGAAAAGAUUCGUCUAAACAAGACCAGGAAAAACAAAUCACCACCGAUUUACACUUAAUGGACGUUCAUAAAAAAGCAAUGGAAGCCCCACUGUACAAAUCGUUCAAAGUCUACAUGAUUAAUAAAAUGCGGGCCAAAGUUGAAAUACAUUUAGGAAUAAGUGGCGAAAAAAUCGAAAUUGACCCAGUGCAAAAAAACUCGAAAUUUGUUCUAGUUAAACAAAAACCCAUAAACCACGAUAUGGACAUGAUCGCGUGGUGCGAACCCAUUGAAACUACCAAAAGCAACAAAAUGACUUUCAAAAUCAUUUACAGCCAUUCGUUCGCAAACGCUGAAAAUGUUUCAAGUCCAACUUUACAAUCUUCAGCUAGCUUCAAAAGUUACGAAUUUGAGGCAGACCAAUCAAUUGCCGAAGAAAUCGUAAAUAAAAUAAACCUGAUUUUGGAUUUGAGGUCUAGUGACACACGGAAGGAGUAUUUGGCAGCGCAAGAACGGAAAUAUUAUAAGAAAAAAGCGUUGAUUUAAGUAACUUGUAUACUAAAAUAUAAUAAUAAAUUCAUAAAUUAUU